UAGUUUCACUGAUCUCGUUGAACCAACCAGGUAAAUCUUACAAUCAACUUAAUCACAAUCACAAUCACAAUCAGCUAACAAUUAGUGUAAAUCACAAUCAUCAUGUUGUUCAUCAAUAGGAUAAUCUGGCAAAUCAAUAUUGAAUAAAUCUUGUUAUUAUUAUUGUGUGUUUCUGGAAAAGUUAAUCAAACUUAUUAAUACAACAAUUAAACAUGUUCAAUACUUAACCAAUUUGGAUAAACUAAUAACAACAACUAAUUGUUAAUAAUAAUCAUCAUCAUCGAUUUAUAAUGAAUUAUAAAUAAGUGAAUUUAAGUUAAUUGUUUUAAUUGAUCAUCUUUAACACUCAUCAUCAUUCAUUUGAUUAAUUAAUUUAUAAUCUUUAUCAUUGUUACAUCUUAAUUGUAUUACCAUGAGGAUAAUAAGUUGGUUAAUUACGAUAAGCUUAUUGAUUGGAUUAACAUUGAUCCAUCGGAUUAACGGAAAUUACAUUGAGAGUGACUCAUUAUCCUCGUCUUAUCCUCUCGAAGAGUGUAAACCCUAUUCGAGGCCAGAACCGAUCGCCGUCAUCGAAAACGAUGCCGACAUCUAUCUGAAUGCCCUUCUAUCAGUCCACUCGUCGAGUCAACGAGGUAUUUAUGGUUGUGGGCCAAUCUCACGAAAAGGGUUGAUCAUUUUUCAGGCCCUUCGUUGGAUAAUUAGUACAAUUAAUCAAGAAAGAGGUACAAUUAACGGCAAGAAAAUCAACCAAUCACUAAUUCCUGGAGUUAAAUUAGGAAUGAGAGUAUAUGAUACAUGUAAUCAUAAAGAAUUGGGAAUUAAUUACUUAACCAAAAUCUAUUCAGUUCUUGAAAGAGGAUCAGAUGAUUGUGAAGAUAAUUCCCCGAUCGAUUUGGGCUCGUUAACUUUAAUCGACAUGUUCGGAGUAACCAAAGAGCCUCGAUUAAUGGCCUUGGCUCGUCAUUAUCAUUUACCGAUCAAUCAUCUAACCAGUGAAUCUCUAGUUCCACCCGAAGUGAUCGCUAAGACACUUUCAUCAAUUGUAACCGAUUUAAAGUGGACCCAAAUCGCGAUUAUCCAUUCAUCCGAUGAAUAUUCACUCCAAGUGAUUAAAUUGUUGGGACAAUUAUCGUUAAAGGAUCGAUUCUGUUUAACUUUGGUCCAAACGCUUCCCAAACUAAUCGACGGUGAACCUUAUAAUGAUUCAACUAAAUCCUCCGAUUCCGUGGCCUACAUUGCAGUUUUACGUUCGGUGCUUUCAAUGGUCUCAGAUAAUGUUCCAAUAUUAAUCCUUGGAUCAGAUUUAUCGGUAACCCGACUCAUCGAGGUUAUGUCGGAACGGAUAAGCGCCAUCAAUAGACACCAAUGGUUAUUUUCAACUCCACCCGAUCCAAAACUAUUGGCACCUUUUGUCAAUUCAUCGGUUUCAUUUUUCACCUUGACACCUUAUCCUGGGAUAAUUGAUUCCUUUGAGUCUGCAUGGUCAUCGGCUCUGAAUAGUUCAUCUUUAGCACCAUUCUCAUCUUUAUCCUCAUCAUCAAUGUCUUCAUCUCCAUGGCUUGAUGAAUAUCGAGCAACAUUAAACGAUCAAUUGAUAAAAAAUGAUCUCGGACGAAACAAUCUCGAUAUACUUUGGCGAACCACUCAAGUCUUACCGGUCAUCCAAUUAAUGUACAUAAUUGGUCAGUCUCUUCGUGAAGCUUGGCUUAAUCGGUGUUCAGGUCAGCCUGGUUUAUGCCCUGAUUUGGUUAAAUUAACACGGAAAGAGUUUGAAGCCGAUUUUAUGGAAUUAAAAUUAGAUGAAGGAUUUGGUACAAGUCGAGGUCGAAUGGGUGAUGAUCGGUUAAAAGGGUCAAUUAGUGGGUCAACAACGGACGAGGGCAUAAAACUUGCGCUAACAAAGUUGACAUUCAAUGGUGGACGAAGUUCACCUUUCGGUUCAUUUGGAUAUUCAGGGUUAUCAUCUUCAUCUUCAGGUUCAAUAACAUAUCAACAUAUGAUCUCAUAUGAUUCAUCAAAAGAUUCAUCACAAUUGAUUGAUGGAUCAGUAUCAUAUCGACAAUCACCAUGUCCACCAGCGGGUUGUGAAAGGUGUUUAAAAGUGAGACAAUCAAGGAUAAUUGAUGGAAAUCAUCAUAAUCAUCACAGUGGAUCUCGAGAUCUGAGUAGCAACGAUCCAUCAAUGGUACCAUCAGCAUCUGAAGUUUCAUCAAUUCCGGUGACCAAUUCAUGGUCUUUUGAGAAACGUUCAGAUCAAUCACCUCCUUCAUCUUCAUCAUCUUCAUCAAUUGCUAAUCCAAUUGGAUCAGGAUUAACUUCCCUUCGUGAUCAAGAGUGUUUAGCAAGAUGCACUUAUUCAUGGAAAUAUGGACACCAAAAGCCGCCAUCAGCAAGCGAUGCAUCCAAAUUCAUUCAAUCUUCAACUCCAUCAGAUAUACACUUUAUUCCGCCUGGUUCAGGAUUUUCAUGGGAGACAAAAUUGGAAACCAUUCAAUUAUCUGGUCCCUGGCACUUGACCUUAGCCAUUGCAUCAGCACUUGGCGUGAUUCUGAUCAUCGUUUCUGGCUUUUAUUUCCUCCUUGUUUUUCCCGUUUCAAUUGGAACUACUGUCUUAGGUUAUUUUACACUUUUCGGCUUAGUGGCCAUGUAUGGUGUUAACUUUGUCUAUCUAAGUCCAAUCUCAUUUACUGUUUGUCUCAUUCGACGGCUUGGAAUGGCCUUAGCAUAUACUAUGGUUCUUUCCGCUCUUCUCGUGAAAACAAUGAACAUUUGGCGAUUGAAAACACUUCGAGAGACUGGAAUUGAAAAGCUAAGACUAACAACACCAUCGCGAUUAUUGUUGGUCUCCGUUUUUUUAUUGAGCCUUCAAGUUAUCGUAACGCUAAUUUGGCUUAUUUUUAUUCCCCCACAACCAAACAUAAAACACCAAACGUGCUCAUGGCCUCCGUCACCGUCUCUUAUUCAAACGGAAUCAAUUGUUUCCUUGGUUUAUAUUCUGAUUCUUGGUUGUAUCAAUAUACUUUUCGCUCUAUUAUCCUGGAAUAGUUCAUCUUCAAUCCAUGGGUCAAGCGUUGGUGUGGUCAACUCAACCCCGUCAUCAACAGCAUCGUUUGCUUCAUCCGUAUCACUGCCCUCAGGGUCAUUAUCUUCAUCGCCCUCCAAAGAGGCGCGAUGGAUUGCCAUCUCUUGCCUUUUGGUGGCUGUCGUUUGGUCCCUUUGGGCAGCGGUGGUCACUUAUUCACCUAAUUUGGCCCUGGUCAAUGGUAAUUUAACCAUAGUUGUCGCUAAUUUAGCUUCGGCGACGGUGCUUCUUUUGUCUCUUUAUGUUCGUAAGAUCUCAUCUUAUCUUCACGAAUUGAGUAAAUCUAGAGGAGGUGGAGGAGGAAUGGGCAGUGUGAAUGUUGGUAUAAAAUCGCCUCGAGGUCAAUCUUCACGGGUACUUCAUUCAUCGUCAUCUUUAGCUGGUAGUUAUUACGGAACUUUACCUAAAGCUCAAAAAUUAUCAAUCUCACUUUUCGGUCAAAGUUUAAUCAAUAAUUCAUCAGUCACUAAUUCACCUUCCUCAUCACCAUCAUCAUCAACCUCUUCAGUAUCCAUAGUACCACCAACCGGAACUCUAACAAGUUCAAUUAAAUCAUCAUCACCACUUUCCCAUGGCGGUGGUGGUGGUGGAGAUCAUCAUAAUAACCAUCCCAAUGGAGGAAUCAUAUCAUCAGGAGCUUCAUUAUUACGACGAUCAUUAAAUCAACACAUAGAAAAUGAUCAAGGAUCAAAGGAAGGUGAUAAUUGUCAUGGUGGUGUCGGUGGAAGAUCAUCAACUUUAACUAAUUCAACGUUCUUGACCUCAUCUAGAGGAAACUCGAAGGGCGAUGUGACCAUUGACGACGCCGCUUCUUCUUGUGCCUCAACUUCAGGCUCGAUUCAAGUUCAAGCUGAAGAUUUAUACCCAAUGGAGGUUUAUGAAGGUUCCAAUACACUACAACAACAAUAUCACUAUUUCCCUAAAUCAUAAAUCACUAAUCAACAAUUAACUCAAAUUAACUGUUAACCAAUUGAUCCUCGUCCAAAGACAAAGGUCCAAAUCCUUUGCAAAUGAAUAUAAAUGAAGGACAAGUUGACCGCUCAAAAUGAUUCCUAAGUCACUUUUUUAAUUGUAAUUGUUUUUUUCGUUUAUUACAAAUGAUUAACUAAUUGUUUUUUUAAUAUUCUAAUUCUCCUCUUGAUGAUUAAUCCCAACAAUCAAUUUAAAAAUUGUUUGAACAAUUUGAUUACAUUGAUUUCGGGACAAAUGUGCAAAAAAAAACAUUGAGAUUUUGGUUAAUCAAUUUUUCAUCACUUAAUUGAUUUAAAUCCAGUUCUCUGUUAAUUAUUAAUUAUCUUUGUAACUUUUUUUGCUUCUAAUCUUAAUUGUGUAUUUUGUACCUUUCUUGAAAACAAAAGUUAAUUGUUCACCUUUUUAAUUAACUGUAAUCAUUUGAUUAACUUGUUUUAAUCAACCUCUUCCCAGAAAAUGAUAACCUUUUCAUUUAAGGUUAAUUGUAACAAUCAAAUUUCAUUAAUUUAACAAUUAAUUUACUAUUUAUGGCCAAGUAAAUUUGUAUUUUUUUAACAAUCUAAUUUAAUUUAGUCUCAUUCAUUAAAUUAUCGGACGAUUAGGUAACAAUUAAACUCGUAUAAUUUAAUUGUCCCAUCGAUUUAACCUUCAUUCUGGUUAAUUAAAAACAAUCAAGUAAAAAUUAAUUCAAAUGUAUUAACCAAAACGAUACACAAACAAUUAAUAAAUUAGUAGAAA